UUUGGAAUCCUUCUGCUUCAGCCUCUCAGAAGUUGUCAUCACAGGCCAGUGCCACCAACUCUGACCACAAGAUGCCUUUAACACAUUGAAUUCUUAAAUACAGAGUUGAAGUCUGAUAACACAAAAGGGAUGAAGUGAUGGCAGCCUCUAGAAAUUUAGUUGUUUAUCUACAUAUACAUAAUUUUUCCUUUCUUUUCCUUUUUUUUAGUGACAAUACACAGAGAUCUGUCAGAAGACGGCAUUCUUCAAUUUUGAAACCCCCAAGGAGUCCUCUUCAGGACCUGAAAUGUGGAAAUGAAACAGUUCAGGAAUCUAAUGUUCCAAGAACUAGGAAAAGCUCUCGUCGAGUCAGCUUUGCAGAUACUAUAAAAGUAUUCCAGACAGAGUCUUAUAUGAAAACAGAGAGAAAUUCAGAAAUUGCAGGUAAAUAUGUGAUAUAAAUCCUGCUAGUGUUUUCUUUACAAUUUUUCUGUGGUUAUGUAACCAUAACUUUUCACGUGUGUGCGUGCAUGCGUAUGACUGUGAUGUGAGCAUGUAUUCUAAGAUGUGUGGAGGUCAAGAGACAGUUGAAAUUCUGUUUUCUUUCAAACAUGUGGUCUCUUGGGAUUGUAUUUGGGUCCUAUUUGGCAGCAAAUGCCGUUACCUGCUGAGUCA